UCCUCUUUUGCCUCUAACACAUACACAAAUCAUUAAUUAAUUUUCACAAAAAAAAAAAAAAAAGCAACUUUUUGUGAAUUUUUUUCAUCAUGCCUAUUCUUUCAGAUCUCAUCAAUCUUAAUCUCUCUGAAUCCACUGAGAAAAUUAUUGCCGAAUACAUAUGGAUUGGCGGAUCAGGCAUGGACCUCAGGAGCAAAGCCAGGACUCUUGUAGGUCCUGUUAAAGAUCCUUCAAAGCUUCCGAAAUGGAACUAUGACGGGUCAAGCACAGGCCAAGCUUCAGGAGAAGACAGUGAAGUGAUCCUUUAUCCUCAAGCAAUUUUCAACGAUCCAUUCAGGAGGGGCAACAAUAUUCUGGUUAUGUGUGAUGCUUACACUCCAGCUGGUGACCCCAUCCCAACAAACAAGAGGCACAACGCUGCCAAGAUUUUCAGCAACCCUGUUGUUGCUGCUGAAGAACCAUGGUAUGGUAUCGAGCAAGAAUACACUUUGCUGCAGAAGGAGGUUAAUUGGCCUCUUGGAUGGCCUAUUGGAGGUUUUCCUGGACCUCAGGGACCUUACUAUUGUGGAACUGGAGCUGACAAGGCUUUCGGACGUGAUAUAGUCGAUGCACAUUAUAAGGCAUGUCUUUACGCUGGGAUUAACAUCAGCGGCGUCAAUGGAGAAGUGAUGCCUGGGCAGUGGGAAUUCCAAGUUGGGCCUGCUGUAGGGAUCUCAGCAGGUGAUGAGGUGUGGACCGCCCGUUACAUUCUCGAGAGGAUUGCUGAAGUUGCUGGAGUUGUCGUUUCAUUUGACCCGAAACCUAUCCCUGGCGAUUGGAACGGUGCUGGUGCUCACGCAAACUACAGCACCAAGUCAAUGAGGGAAGAUGGAGGUUAUGAAAUCAUCAAAAAGGCUAUUGACAAGCUUGGACUGAGGCACAAAGAGCACAUUGCUGCAUACGGUGAAGGCAACGAGCGUCGUCUCACUGGAAAACAUGAAACAGCUGACAUCAACUCCUUCAAAUGGGGGGUUGCAAACCGUGGAUGCUCCGUUCGUGUAGGCAGAGAUACAGAGAAGGCAGGGAAGGGAUACUUUGAGGACCGGAGGCCUGCUUCAAACAUGGACCCGUACGUUGUCACUUCCAUGAUUGCUGAGACCACCAUUGUCUGGAAACCUUGAGCUGUUCGUGAGUGUCUGGCUAUGUUGCUCAGAUCAUCCAAAAAUGUUGUCCGACAUGUGUAGGAUCUUCAAAAAUGCAUAGCUUUUAGAGGAUCUGACAUACAUUUGGCAAUAUUUUUGAAGAGUUCGAGCAACAUAGGUGUCUGGAGGACUAUUGUUUCUUGUGUCGAAGACUUGAUUAGUUAGGGUUGUCUAUUCUAUUUUCUCUAUUGUUUCUUAGUUUCGUUAAACAUUUCAUUCAUCAAAGGGUGAAUUUAGUGUUUAUGAUUUGGCAAGGUUGUUAAUGACAGUUAUUUUUAUUGGGUUUUAACUUAUUA